AUGCAAAUUUGCAUCAACGACUUCGAAAUCCGCUACGAAGACGAUACGUCUGGAAUAUGCGGACCUUAUCGGAUCGUAGGCGGAUUCGUCGUCGACAGCUUGCAGCUUCGUGCAGUCAGCGCAGGUCAGGGACAUGGAGACGAAACGCAUCUCUUCCGUGCGAAAGGGCAGUGGCGGCCCGGACUGACUCAUCCGGAAGAAGGGUUGGCAUCGCAGCCGCUGUCGUCCUGGCGGGCAAAGUCCUUCAGCGAGACCAUGAGCAAUGCCAAGAAGGCUGCCACAAAAAUAUUUGACUUCAGUCACGGCGUACAUGGUGGACUGCAUGGCCAUGGCAUCAAAGUGUUUUGGGAGAUGUUUCCUCGCAGCACAGCGCGGGUCUCCGAGCUCUCUUCCGAAGGCGCUCAGAUGCAGCACACCACCGCCACUUCGCAAUUCCGACUGCGCCUACAGGAAGAUAGCGGCUGCAGCGUUUCCGAUUUCCUGAAGACCCGGAAGAUCCUCAGGAAAUGGGAGCGUUUGCGCUAUGGCAUCAGCCGCUUUGUCAUGCAACAGAUGCUGGAUGAACGACAAGGUCCUCAUGCCGUGCAUCUGUCUCAGCACCGUUUACGUGAGAAAGCUCGACGCUUGCGGGACAUCAUCGGCCAGCAUAAGUACUUGGUGGAGCCCUGCAACUUCAGCCUCCAUUUCGUUUGCCUGCCCUUCAAGGGAUCCGGCGGCGAGCCACAUUUGGAUGUGGAUCUUGACAUACAGGAGCUUUCCACUCUACUGGAUAUGACUCAGCUGAAGGGCUUAGCGGCCAUCAUCGGCUACGUGCAGAGCUGGGUCCGGCAAGACAAUCUCUUCCAGUGGAAGCCUCCGCCAUCAUCAUACAGGCAGGCUGCAGACAUCUCCGGCUUCGGGCUCUCCAAGGGUCGGCUGCUCUGGGCCUACGCUUUGAAGCUUGUGCUGCGCAGCAUCCACCCGCGCUAUCACUGGUCUUCUUUGAGCUGGGUGCAAAUACGCCGGGCUGCUUCGCUUCGCCAUGCUCUCUUUGAGGCCUUGGUCGCAAGGGGUUCCGUCGACCAGCAGCGCGUGGAAGUGCUCCAAGUCUCGCUGCCCCUGCUGGAGUGCCUGGCGAUCCGACGAGAAGCUUACAUCGAGCUGGCCACGAGGAAGCAGAAGGAGUCUUACUUUCAGAAGAAGCGGUGCUGCCGGCGCCGGAGUGCGGACGAUCCAACGGAAGCUUUG